CGAGACUUUGAUUUCCGGCUAGCUUAGAAGCUUUCUUUAAUCAAGAUGGCUCCGAAAGGAAAAUCUACAGACAAAACGAGCAAAACUUCUGAAAAGAAAUCAGAGAAGAAAGCUGAGAAGAAGCCGGCAUCUGUUGCUUCUGCUUCUUCGAAAGUAACAAAACCAGCAUCAAAGCCUGCUACUACAGCUGCAAAAAAGCCAGCUACUGCAAAACCUGCAAGUACUGCUAAACCUGCAGCAAAACCAGCAGCUAAGCCUUCACAGAAAGCAGCAUCGAAGGUUGUUAUUUCAAAACCUAAAAAAAAUGCACAGGCAACAAAGAAAAUACCAAAGGGAGGCAAGCCAUCAACAACACCUCUCAAAAAGGCCCUCAAAACCCAGAAAAAGAUCUUGAAAGGUGUACAUGGAUCUAGAGUAAGGAAAAUAAGAACUUCUGUACAUUUCCAUCGGCCAAAGACAUUUAGGCCACCUAGAAAUCCUAAAUAUUCACGAAAAUCUGUCCCUAAUAGAAGUCGAAUGGAUGCAUUUAACAUCAUUAAAUUUCCAUUGACCACUGAGGCAGCAAUGAAAAAAAUUGAAGAUAACAAUACAUUAGUUUUUAUUGUACAUACACGUGCAAACAAAUAUCAUAUCAAAGCUUCUAUCAAAAAGCUUUACGAAGUCGAUGUGGCCAAAGUUAACACACUUAUCAGGCCAGACGGAAAAAAGAAAGUAUAUGUCCGUUUAACGCGUGAUUAUGAUGCUCUUGAUGUUGCCAACAAGAUCGGUAUUAUAUAAAUACGUUCAACAAAUAAUUAUUAGAAAAUAUAAAAAAUUGUCUGUAUUGAUAAUAAAUCCAAUACAGUUCACAGCUGUAUUUCACUUCUUU